AAACUAGAUAACCAUUGAUGACUCGUCCACUCUGGCCUGUCAGGCAAACAGACGGAGGAACAGCUGAUUAGCGUCUUCACGUGGGUAAUCAGCUGUGAGAGCUACGAUGGAAGAUUUAUCAGCAGAAGACCUGGCGAUUCCGCCGAUCAAAUACGAAUAUUUGGACCAUACGGCUGAUGUGCAAUUGCACGCGUGGGGAGAAAGUUUGCAGGAGGCAUUCGAACAAUGCGCAAUGGCCAUGUUCGGUUACAUGACGGAUUUGGACCGAGUAGAAAUGACGGAGGUGCACCACGUGGAAGCCGAGGGAGACGACCUCCCCAGCCUGCUAUUUCAUUUCUUGGAUGAACUGCUUUUUAUGUUCAGUGCAGAGCGUUUCAUCAUUCCCAGGAAAGUCAUUAUCACUGAAAUGGAUCAAGAGAACUUCAAGAUCAAGGCAACGGCAAUAGGAGAAGAAUUCACGCUGGGAAAGCAUCCUCAGGGUACAGAAGUGAAGGCUAUCACCUACUCAGCAAUGCAAAUACUCGAUCGGCCGGACGCCGAGAGACCAGAAGUAUUCGUGAUCAUCGAUAUUUAAUCUGCCGUAGUAACCCGAGCAAGUUUCCCGAUGCUCCGCGUGGUUGAGCCAUUCGGACCCUUGGCUUGGGAAACACUUUAAUUUCGAGGGAGGGAUAGUUACCUCUCCUCCUAAGGCCUUUUGUAGAUCGUAGGGUUCGAAUAAAUACGUUACGAAAGAAACACCGGGCCCCCUUCUUAGCCUCGGAACGCAGGGCCGUGUCAACGUACGCGUGGACCUCCCCCCUCCCACUUUUCUUCCUCCUUCCCGCUUCUGUUUCCUCCGAUACAAGGCGUUCUGUCGAUCGUACACUUUUUUUUUUACUAAAUCCUCAUCAUCGUAAUACUAAGGAUGUAAGAAUUACAUAAUAAGUACGUAAUAUUAUGGCAUUAUUAAAACUAUAUGACUUGAGAAGGUAAUGUUGAUACUAUUUUGAUCGAAAAUUUCCGUAGAAAUCUGUUAGUGACAUGAUAUGAUAUAACUGUUUGUACUGUUUUGUAUACGAAUACAAUAAUAUGAUGGCUCAUGUUUUAUAAUA